AUGGUCUUCAUCCUAGGUGUCAACUUCCACGAGCAGAAGCUGGUCAAGAAAGCGCUCGAAAGCUUCUACGCCCUCGGCCCGCAGACCUCGGCCCGCAUCCUCGCGAAAUACUACAUACACCCGCAGGCCAAGGUCGGGUCUCUGGCGCCCAAGACCGUCACGGCGCUCACGGCCGAGCUGUCGACGAUGACGAUAGAGAACGACGCGCGGAGGAUAGUACAGGACAACAUCAAGCGGUUGAGGGACAUGGGCACCUAUAGGGGUAGGCGGCACGCCAUGGGCUUGCCGGUGCGCGGCCAGAAGACGAGGAACCAGAACGCGACGCCCAGGAAGCUGAACCAGGUCGAGCGGAGAGGUUAA